AGGUUCUCCAAGACCUGACUGCAAUCACAGUUGUCACUUCCUUAUUACUACAGAUUCCUGGGGAGGAAGCAGGCCCAGGGGGGCAGUUGCCAUGCUCACACCUAGUGAAAGCUCUGACAUCUGAGCCAGUGGGUUCUGACCAGGCUCUGCAGGUCAGGUGGCCUCAAAGGAGUCUGCCUGAGGGCAAAUGAUUACCUGGUUCCUCAGUUGCAAAUGCAGAUGAAUGAAAAUGUGAGUGUAUAACCCAAGCCACAGGAGGUGGCCAUCUCUUCCCAGCCUUUCUAAAGCCCCUGAAAGGCCUUGUCUCCAGGCCCCUCACCCUGUUCCUGGGUCCCCAAGCCACAGAGGAGCCCAGUGGGUUAGCAAACUCUGGGAAAGGGUGAAGUCACCCCAUGCCUUCAAUGAGCUUAGAGGUGGCAGGAAGCCUAGAGGUUUGGGCCAGGCCAAAGGAAGGCAGCCACUAACUGUCCCAAAACAUCAUUAUCUCCAUUCCUCAGGGCUGACCCCAAUCAUGGCCCCUUUAAGCCCCAGAGGGCGAUUAUCAAGUUCCUUCCCCUAUGCAACCCUUGGGAGGGGAAAGUUGUCUCAGGGGCCCCUAAAGACAGUGACAGACCUAAAGGACCCAAGAAGACAUUCUGUCCCCAGAGAGUGAGCUAUGCCAGAUUCCCACCUCAUCUAUCGCCCAAGCUCCAAGUAGAGAUAGCAGAAGCUGGAUGAGUCACAUCUCCCACUCUGUGCCAAGCCCCAUUCUGGGUGCUGGGGAUACAGUCAUGACCACAGACCCUACCUUCAGUGAGUUCACAGGUAAGCAGGCCCAGGCCAUGGAGCAAAUCAGCUAAUUCAAAUACAACAAUGUGACAGAAACACAUGUCGGGGCACAGAGGAGCCCUUAUCUCCAGCUAGAAAAAGCAGCUUCCUGUGGACAGUGUGGCAUCUGGUGAGACCUGAUGGGUGAGAAGCAGCCACCUCAGGCACUGAAAGCAUCAAAGAUGAUCUGGCCCAAUCUCCCCUUGUUCUCAGAGGAAAGCACCUCCAAGACAGGAUAGACCUGCCCACAGGGACUGUCAGAAACCUGUGACACCCUGGGCUGUAGGUGCAGCUGAUGAAAGGAGGAGUCACCUGGAUGGCCAGGAAAGCCAGGCCAUAGUGGGUUGGGUGUCCCCCUCUGCAACUGAAAUCGAAAUCCCAGACUCUCGGAAGACCAAGGCAAGAGGAUUGCUAGUUUGAGGUCAGCACUGGCAAUUCAGUGGGACCCUCUCUCUAGAAAUAAAAAGCGCUGGGGAUGUAGCUCAGUGGAAGAACGACCCUAAAUUCAGUUCCCACACGGGGGAAAAAAAAAAAAGAAACAAAAAAGUCCUCCUCAGUGAACACGCUUUGCACUCCUUCCCUAAGCAGACAAAUUAGGGCCUCGGAACCAGGGAGUGGGGUCCCAGGUUCCAACGUCGGAUUCGUCACCCACUGCGAUUAUUAUAUUUGGAAGACGGGACUUCACACCCGAAACCCCUUCUAGCUCUGGCUUUGGGCCUAUGGGAUGUUUUAGAGAUGGACUUUUUGGAGGAGAGGGUCUGAGAGGAGUGUGGCCACCAACGCAGUCGGAGUUCCCGGCUCGGUUCCACUCCCUGGGGAGAUUCGGGAAGCAACCCGCUUUACAAUCCUCUUGAACAACUACAUUUCCCGACAUGCAAAGGGCGGGGGCGGCCGCCCGUCGCGGGUGAUAUGGGCCUGGGCCGUGCUAUGGACUACGACUCCCAGCGUGCUCGGUGGCCCAGGGCCGGAAGGUCCCGGAUCCGGAAUUGGAUGUGGUUCACUGCUCAGGUGGCGGAGCUGGGGGGAAAUGGCCACAGGGACAGACCAGGUGGUGGGACUCGGUCUUGUUGCUGUUAGCCUGAUCAUCUUCACCUACUAUACCGCCUGGGUGAUCCUCUUGCCAUUCAUCGACAAUGAGCAUGUCAUCCACAAGUUCUUCCUCCCUCGAGCGUAUGCUGUUGCCAUCCCCCUGGCCGCGGGUCUCUUGCUGCUCCUGUUUGUGGGAUUAUUCAUCACCUAUAUUAUGCUGAAGAACCAGAGGGUGACCAAGAAGGCUCAGUGAAGGCCCAACAGAGAGGAGGCUGCCGGCAUCUUCUCUCCAUCCAUCCCCUCCAGAGCAGGGACCAAGGGUCAGAGCCUGUAGGACAGUCCAGGCGAGGCAGCCCUCUUAGGGAUGGAGCUGCUCAGGCAGACCAAGCCUCUCUUGCUCACUCUUCCAGAAGCCAGGAGGAGGGAGAAAGACCUGGAAGCCUCCCUUUCAUUCCCUUCUGUCUUAGGGCCUGCCCGCCUCACUCUCAGACUGUCCCUUUUCCCUCUGGGUUCCACCUCCUUGCUCAGUUUCCCUGCAGUCACAUGCUGAUGAUGUGGGACUUAGCAGAGUGUGAGGAAGCACAUGGCCUCUCCCCGUGUCCCCUGAGCAUUGCUGCUCCCCAAAGGCAGCUUCUGAGUCGGACACAGCCCAGACCCCACAAGGACAUCUGGACCUGGAAAGCCCUAGGGAAAGCCUGAAGACCCCAGGGCACUGGGACACAUUAAGGCAGCCACCCCAGGCCCCCAGGCCAUGUUUACCUAGGACGAGCAGGCUCCUGGCCCAGAGUGGCCUGUUUGGGAGAACUCAACAAUAAAUGUUGAUGGUA